AUGAACGCCAACAACGUCCCGGCCCAGGCCCUGCGGACGAUUCCUCCAUCUUGGCCAUUCGCGUGCUGGGGACUCGACUCGGUAGGACCGCUCAAGGCGGCACAAGGAGGCUUCACCCACAUAUUUGUUGCCAUCGACAAGUUCACCAAGUGGAUUGAAGUUAAACCCGUCACGACUACAAUUGCCACCAAGGAGGCCAAGUUCAUCGAGGAGAUUACACACAGAUUUGGAGUACCCAACUGGAUCAUCACCGACCUGGGCACCUCCUUUACCGGUUCCGAGUUCUGGGACUUUUGCCAAGAAAGCUGCAUCGAGGUUUAUUAUGCCUCCAUGGCUCACCGGAGAUGCAACGGCCAGGUGGAGCAUGCCAACGGCUUGAUCCUCCAGGGGCUCAAAGCCAGAAUCUUCGACCCGAUCAAAAAAUACGGCUCCAAAUGGAUCCAGAAACUACCCAGAGUAGUAUGGGGACUACGCACCCAGAAAAGCCAGGCAACCAGUUAUUCCCGUUUCUUCAUGGUUUACGGUUCUGAGGUUAUCCUCCAGACGGAUAUCGCCUUCGGUGCCCCGCACACCCAAAACUACGUACAACCAAGGUGA